UUAAUAAGAAUCCAACUGUACUUGCAAGGUGGUGAAAUCAAUUAUAUAUUUUUACACUGUUACGCUUGUUUAAUGAAUAAUUCUUCAGUUGUUAGCUAGGUACUUGGUAUAAUCUAGGUGGCGUGGAGGUAGAUCAAAUUACUUUGCUAGCUUGUUUUUUUCUCACAGUUUACACUCUAGCUGCCAGACAGUGUUAGUAAGCUGUGAGUAGCUGAAUCAUGAAGGAUUUUCGUAUGGAGUUGAAAAAUCCUCCAAAUGGCAUCUAUUUUACCGGAGGCGCUGUAACCGGUACUGUCAUAGCUGUCAAUGACGACCAGCCCAAAGACUACAAAGCAAUUCAAGUCAGAAUAGUUGGAGCAGCCGACGUCCAUUGGUCAGAAGAGAGGGGGACAGGGGAUGACCGUCACACUGUCCACUAUAGAGCCUAUGAGGUUUACAUUGACACGUUUGUUAAUGUUUGGGACAGGAAAACAGCAGGAGGGGGUCAGUUUCCUGUUGGUAAUUUCCAAUUUCCAUUCUCCCUUCAACUGGGAAGUCACUUGCCAGCCUCUUACAUCGGUAAAUUUGGUCGUAUAUACUACAAGAUAGAGGCCAGGGUUAUGAAAGAUGGUAUCUUUAAGCGUGACACUCGCUGCAAAACAAAAAUCAAUGUUGGUAGCGUCAUUCCUAUAAAUACUCCUCAACUUCGAACUCCAAAAGCAAUGGAGAUCAGUAAAACCCUUUGCUGUCUAUGCUGUGCUUCUGGUCCUAUUAAUAUCACAGCUACUGUGCCACGUACUGGCUUUUGCAUACUUAAAGACGCCAUACGAGUUGAAGUAUCUGUUGAAAAUGGGAGCCGCAGAGAUGUACGCCAAAUUGUUGCUUCAUUCCACAAGCAAGUUCUUUACAUAGCAAAACGCCACCAUUACUGUGAUAUUGUAACAGUAGCCAGUGUUGCUAGUGAGCCAGUGGCUGCUCAUAGCUCCAUAGUAUGGCGUCCACCUCCUAUUGCUGUCCCUAAUAUUCCACCCACACUUAUCAACUGCAACAUACUUCGAGUCACUUAUCAUCUGACCAUUACUGCCUCAAUCUCAGGUACCACUGACCCAGUCAUUGGCAUACCCAUUACUAUUGGUAAUGUACCACUGAAAAGAGCUCCAAGUGGUUUCCCUCCACAGCCUCAAGGAACUACUGCUCCUCCUCCUGCUGCUGGACCACCACCAGCCUACCCUCAACCUCCUCCACCUACUUUUGCUCCUACUGCUCCCCCAGCUGGUGGAGGAUUUGGCUCUCCAGCUGAUGGAUCUGGGUUUGGUCCUCCUAGCUGCUGAGCUUGGUUUUGGUGGGCAACAGUAGAAUUUUGAUAAUUUUGCACCUGUUAGAUUCUCUGAUCCUCCUCAGGGAGUACCCCUUCAGCCUUAUCCGUCAAAAAAGUUUUUAAGAAAAACUUGCAAAGAGACUUUACUUUUUUAUUUCAUUUUCUUGUGCUGCUGCUGUAGUCAAAACUGUUUUAGUAUAUUUACCCAUUAUUGUGCAUUAGUGAUUUAUAAAUGUGAUUGUAAAAUUAAAA